ACACAACCCACAUACACGCUCAUCAACAAGCAUUCUUAUACUUAAGCAUCUAACCUGCCAAAACCAACCUGUAUCUGCUGCAAUUGAUGACCAGAAUAAUAAAGCUGAUGAAGGAUUCUCUGGCCGGAAUCUGUCCAUUGUGUUCCCAUCCCAAAGUGAACCAUUAAUCCAUAUUUUACAACUUCACUGUUCACACUGUUACGACCCCUACUCAAACUAGGGGUAUUCGGGUCGGUAACAAAUCAAAUGGAACAAAACUUAAAGUAUGUACAAUAAUUUAUUACAAUACAAAACGGGUUCAAGUGUUACAAAACAACCAAGGUAAGCAAAGAAAUCCUAAUUAACAUAAGGUGUCCUCAUUCGAGGUAAGAAUUAACCAAACACAAUCUUUUCUUAUACUUUAACCAAAGUCCACUCUAAAUCACACAAUAUAUCACACAAAUCAAAAUACUACGCAUACACUUCCUUAAACAGAGCUUGUAUAUAAACCAAAUCAAAUAUAUUCUUAACUAAACAAAAGGUGUCCGCUAAACCAAGAUAUACAAAAGAGGGCGCAGAAUCUCAAACAACAACCUAUUCUGGUGUCUAAAUAAAUAAAGGGAAGAUUAAUGCUCCUACAAACCAACAAGGUACUCAGUCCAGCUACUACUCAAGCAAAAUCCCAGAACUAAGGUGUCGAAGGCUUGUCUCCCCUCCGAAGGAAGGUGGAGCCGAAGACGGCCAAUCACCAGGAAGAUGGAAGAAGGAGGAGGUCUCUGAGGCCAGGUGCCGGGUGCAGGCUAUGCAGCAUCUCAUAAACCCGUACCCAGGCCAGAGGCCAGGGGACGUGACAACACACACAUAUAUAUGUGACAGGAAAAGUUGUGAGAACUGAGUCUGAGAGCAGCUGCUGGACAUGAAGUGGCUACAAUAGAAAAAGCUCAACAUCCUAUAGCUAAAAGCAGCAAGAAAGCAAAUCAUUUAUGGAAAUCUGAGAAACAAAGGCAGUGUUGUGAAUGCAAAGGACAUUUUUAUGAGCUGUUGAUUAUUUUACAACUCACAAAGAAAGAAGCUCCAUGGCUGAUGUUACUCAUUAACUUCACUGUGGUUUGUAUAGAAGCUUAUAGCUAAUCUGCAUCUCAGUACGCAUUCAGGCUCCAGGAAUAUCUUUCAUAUUUAAACUGUUUUUCCUUUUCUUAAUUGAGUCACUUUGAUCGCCAUAGACAAAUGUCAUCAAGCAGCUGUGGGAAGUUUCUCACAAACUGCACACGCAUUACAAUCAUGACAUCAGAAGUGCACUGUGAGCAGUAAAAUUAAGAGCAUCAGGACUGUACCAUAUAUGUCAAUAAAACAUGAGCAUGAGAAGAAUCAUAUAAACAAGAUGGGUACUGAGAAUCAAACACAGAGGAUUAAAUCACUACUUGUAGGUUCAGGCAAAUUGCUGAUAAAAGCAGGACGAGGACUGUUAAACAUUAACAGUCCUGUGUUUUACUUUGUGUUACUGUGUGUUACUGGGGGUGUUUCUGUGUUACUUUGUGUUGUGUUACUUUGACAAAGUAACACACUUAGCAAAGAGAAAGGGAGCAAAAACCAGCGGACAAACUUAUCAAGAAAGCCCCUGCAGUAGGAUUUCUGCAACCCCAUGAUUUGCAUGUUUGCUUUGUUUGUUUGCAAAGAUGACUUCUCGACCGCAGCUGUUUGAUUUCCACGGAGUCUCAAUGAUUCAGUGUGUCACCAGAAACUGGGAGAAUGUUCAGAGUUUUCAGGCUCGACCAGAUGACAUCCUAAUUGUAGCAUACCCCAAAGCAGGAAUCACUUGGGUCUCCUUUAUCCUUGACCUACUCUACUUCGGUCAGUCAUCUCCAGAGCGCCAGACAUCUAUUCCUAUCUAUGAGAGAGUACCUUUCUUGGAGAUGGCCAUCCCGUCUGUGGUUUCAGGAACAGAGCUGGCAGACAAGCUUCCCACCUCCCCAAGACUCAUCAAAACUCACCUCCCAGUUCAGUUCGUGCCAAAGUCCUUUUGGGAGCACAAUUGUCGGAUUGUCUAUAUAGCACGCAAUGCAAAGGACAACAUGGUGUCUUUUUACCACUUUGAUCGCAUGAAUCUGAUGGAGCCAGAGCCUGGGGAGUGGAGCAGCUUCUUCCAAAGAUUCCUGGAGGGAAAGAUGUUGUAUGGCUCUUGGUAUGACCAUGUCAAUGGUUGGUGGAAGAAGAAAAAGACUUAUUCAAAACUUCAUUACGUGCUAUAUGAAGAUAUGAUUGAGGAUACGGGACGGGAAGUAGAGAAACUCUGCUCCUUUCUUGGAUUGUCUCCUUCGGCUGAAGAAAAAAGAGCAAUCACAUGCCGAGUGCAGUUCGAUAACAUGAAGAAGAACAAGAUGACCAACUAUUCUACAGUCCCCGUUAUGGAUUUUGAGGUUUCUCCCUUUAUGAGAAAAGGGAAGGUUGGGGACUGGAAGAACCACUUCACUGUGGCCCAAAGUGAAGUGUUCGAUGAGGAUUACAAGAAAAAGAUGAAUGAUCCCACACUUCAGCUCCGCACUGAAAUCUGAAAAAGAAGAUAGAUCCACGACUAAAUGUGUCUUCAAAGUUAUUAAUUCAAUGCAGUGUAGCCUUAAAUAUGACGGUGGAAAUAUGGACUGUUUGUUUUUGCUAUGAAAAUGAAAAUGAAGACUAAAGAGAAUACUAAUGAUUGCACUGACAUUGUGGCCACAAGCUUUUUGCUAAUGACAAACACAUUUUCACACUGAACCAUAUAACUGUAUGCUGAUUGGCAUUAACUGUUUUUCUGUUGAUAUAUAUGUUAUGAGAGGGAUUAAUAAGGUUACCUUUUAUUAGCUUCAUUCCUUCACCAGUAUGUGUCAAGCAAGAUUUUUUUUUUCUUUUUGUAUUAUCAGUAGUGGACAGCACACUCAGUGAGCUCUCUUUGGAGAGGAUUGAGUAAAAGAAAACUAAUGAUUUCUCAAAAAUGGGCUAAACACAGGAGAGAAUUUUAUCUAAAUCUUAUUACACUAUCUAAAAUUUUACACUAACAUUUACUUUCUCACUACAUCCGCUGAUUAUAAGGUCCACUGGUGUAAUCCCAAAUUCCAACCACAGGUGAGUUGAAAUUAAUGAAAGGGCUGCAAAAGCACAAAAACUCACCAUAUUGGGUUGGAUCAGGUCUGAAAUGGAGCUAGGAGAUGAGUCAGGAGUGACAGUUUCACCAUAUCGUGCUACAUGUUGAUGAUACAUUUCCUGCCCUCGUCUGUUUGUGUGUAACUCACUGCAUGUGUUUUCUUGCCUGGAUUUUUUUUUUAUCAUGUACAGCACAUAGGGUUGCUUUAUAUAUAAAAUUGACAUGCUUUGUGGGUAAAUAAAUUUCCAUUGCAUUACCUUUC